UCUUAGACUAUUAUUUGUAAUUGAAUUUCUCUGGAGCCGAUAGUCCAUUAUUCAUCGUUUUAGACACAUUUUACCCCUCAAAAUGGCUUUAAAUAAACUCAGCAUUGACGCUCUCAACUUGAGUGGCAAGAGAGUUCUUAUGAGAGUGGAUUUCAAUGUUCCUCUCAAAGAAGGUGUAAUCACCAACAAUCAGCGUAUUGUAGCGGCUCUAGACUCUGUCAAAUAUGCUUUGGAUAAGGGCGCGAAGUCCGUCGUUCUUAUGUCACACUUGGGCAGGCCUGACGGUCAAGCAAACCUCAAGUACACCUUGAAACCAGUAGCUGAAGAGCUUAAGAAACUACUGAGCAGAGAUAUCCAGUUCCUACCGGACUGCGUAGGCCCCGAAGUUGAAGCGGCCUGUGCCGACCCUCCUGUAGGUUCAGUAAUUCUUCUUGAGAACCUUCGAUUCCACAUUGAAGAAGAAGGCAAAGGUGUUGAUGCUAGUGGUGCAAAAGUUAAAGCUGACCCAGAAAAGGUGAAAGCUUUCAGAGCUAGCUUGAGGAAGCUAGGAGAUGUAUACAUUAAUGAUGCUUUUGGCACAGCUCAUAGAGCACACAGCUCAAUGAUGGGAGAAGGCUUUGAGCAGAGAGCCAGUGGCUUUCUGCUCAAAAAGGAACUGCAAUACUUUGCUAAGGCUCUUCAUGAACCAGAAAGACCAUUCCUGGCCAUCCUGGGUGGUGCAAAAGUGGCAGAUAAGAUUCAGCUGAUUGAGAACCUACUGGACAAAGUCAAUGAGAUGAUCAUUGGAGGGGGCAUGGCGUACACUUUUCUCAAGGAAAGUCAGGGCAUGUCGAUCGGUAGUUCCCUAUAUGAUGCCGAGGGUGCAAAAAUCGUGAAGAACCUUCUAGAAAAAGCUGCUAAGAACAAUGUCAAAGUACAUCUUCCUGUAGACUUCAUCACUGCCGACAAGUUUGAUGAAAAUGCGCAGACAGGGGUAGCAGACGCACAAAGCGGCAUUCCCGACGGCUGGUUAGGUCUUGACGUAGGACCUAAGUCCAGGGAGCUCUUCGCCGAACCCAUUGCAAGGGCUAAGGUCAUUGUCUGGAAUGGACCCGCUGGCGUGUUUGAAUUCGCGAAGUUCGCCGAAGGCACCAAGGCGCUUAUGGAUGGAGUUGUAAAAGCCACUGCCAAUGGCACAAUCACUAUUAUUGGUGGCGGAGACACAGCCACCUGCUGCGCUAAGUGGGGCACUGAAGACAAGGUGUCUCACGUCUCUACUGGAGGCGGAGCUUCGCUUGAACUACUUGAAGUGUCCCAAGUCACAAUGCCUGACUGGACGUGGCUGUUCCUAUCAGCUCUGUUCGGAGCUCUGUGCACGCUGGCCGUGCCGUUGGCUCUCUUUGUCUACUAUCUUCGUCCUUUCGAGAAGAAACGGUCUGAUGCACAGUUCGCUAUGCCCGUCACAAGUAUACCUGCAGAAAUACUGCACGAAUUAAGUAGAGGCGCAGGGUCAACCCCCGAAGGUGCUCUUAAUGCCAUGCUGCAGUUCAUCUUCCAACAAAGCACGGCCGAUACUCGCUGGCUCAGACGUCGCAUGGCUACCGAGCUCGCCGAGCUGCUCACGAAGACUUCUUCUGGAAAGAUAUUUGAAUCACUUACGUUACGAUCCCUGGAAGUGGGCAGUGAGUUUCCGAGUAUAACAAACCUCCGUUUGCUAAGCGGUGAGCUGGAAGAAGAUGGCGCACGGCUUCACUCUCUCGACGUCAAGUUCGACUUAGCAUAUGAUGGGAAUUUCCGGAUUGACGUGGAUGCUGUGAUGUUGCUUGGGAAGAUAGCUAAUAUUUCUAUCACAGUGGAAAGUCUAAGUGGUAAUGUGCGAGUAAUGUUUCGUCGUAACCCUUACACACACUGGGCGCUGGCCUUCGAGUCACCACCGAAACUUGAACUCCGCGUCCGUGGGCGGUUUCAGGGAAGGCAACUCAAGCCGAGACUGGCGUCCAUCGUUGCUGCACAUAUCAGACGAGCUGUUGCACAAAGGCAUACCCUGCCGAAUUAUAAAAUACGGUAUAAACCAUUCUUCCCAAAAUCAGAACCGGGUAGUACUGAUGUAGAGGACGGUCCUGUACCACACGGCAGAUUAACUGUGCGGCUGGUUGAAAUAACCAGGUUACAAUGGAACGGAGGGCCGGGAACUGUACGCGCUGCCUUAGCCGUGGAUUCUCAUGGAUGGGUGUCUCUUCGCCGCGGCGUUCUAGUCUUAGACAUAGUGUUACCAGCCGUGACAGGCUCAUUAGGACUUGUGUGUUGCCAAGGAGUGGGUGUGGUACUGGUGGAUACCGUAGUACCAAUGUCACCAGCUUAUAGAGCGGAUUUGCGUCGUGACGAUGUCGUAUUGGCCAUUGACAAUAAGCCUGUUAAUAAUGUUGCGCAGGUAGGCAAACUCCUGCGCAGCGUUGAACGACGAGCAGUGACAGUGCGCGUGCGCCGCGGUGGCUCUAACAGUACUAUACGAAGGGAAGAAACUGCUGACAGUAGCACGAAACGUAUGCGGGCCAAUUUUUCCUUCAGGAGAGUAUCUGAGGUCAUGGAGGGUGUAAGAUUGCAGGGCAUGAGGGCCACUGUUUCAAAGACAAAUUUGCAGGAAUCAGACUCACCGGCGAAGUCACCACCCGAACCACCAUCAGAAAGCGAAACACCAAAACAGAAAACGGAAGCCACACGCCAAGUGUCCAAAACACCAGACCCUGGUCCGAGCAACUUUGGUCUGCGCAAGCGACGAUGUUCAGUCGAAAACAAGUCUUCCGACAGUUCCGCUGGAAGUACCCCACCUGCUUCAGGCGCUAGUACCCCAUUACGACAAGUUACGACUAACAAAACUGUAAAGCACCCAGACAUACCUAUUAUAAGAACAGAUUCUUCAGAAUGCCGCAACUCAGAACGAACCGACCCUUUACCAGAUGAAGAAGAGCUCUUCGAAACAGGUGGACCUAGACAGACUGAACACGUCGAAAUAUGCCAAAUGUUCUGGACCAAACCCAUGCCGAUCAAACCUAUUAUAGCAUUUGAUGAAGAAACAGAAUUCAAACUAAAUGAGAAUCAUAAGUACUUGAAUAUAAAUGUAUGGGCUACAGUUCCUGGGGAGAAAGACGAGAUAUUACUAGGGUACUUGAAUAUACCUUUGACUGUUCUUUUGGCUGAAUGUCAAGAUUCGACUGUUCCCCAUCACAUGAAGAGAUAUCAAUUUUUACCGCCAGACGUCGAUAUCAAAUUUAGUAAAAGUCACAAGUUGUCAACCCACACGGGAUUCGAGCCAUGUCUCUGCUUCGGCGACGCCCUAGUAUGGUGGGAAUGGGAGGGCGCUAUAGGGGCCCGUUGCACCACUCGACCGCCCUCCAGAGAAGCGCCCCCAAAGCCUAAACCUACCAGAGCCGCACACGAAUUCGUAAGGACACACUUUCAUAGAUCGACACAGUGCGACUUUUGUAAUAAGAAGAUAUGGCUGAAGGACGCGAUGCAGUGCUGCAAUUGUGACUUGUGUUGCCACAAAAAAUGCGUCACCAAGUGCCAAGAAUCAUCUCCAUGCGUGCCCAAACAGGAUAGAGACUCCUCCACCGGCAGCAGCUGCCCGCCCCCAGAGCUGACCAUGACCGAAGCUGAUAUAAUCGUGGAUCCUGAUUCCGACGAGGAACCGGAGAGAAAAGACUCCCUUGACGUUCAUGAAGAAGGUGGCGGAGCAAUGAGUGCGCUGGUGGCAGGGCUGCGGCGAGCAGGCUCUGCGCACUCAUUGUCAGCCCCCAAAUCCUGCGCCUCUUCCCGGUCACUGCCCCCUUCUCCAAGUCAUACACCCAGUUCCAUGUCACAGGAAGCAGUCGCUGGAGCAGUUAGGCAAUCCGUUCUCCGGGUGCGGGGCGACGUGGCUGCAGCGGGGCGCGGAGGGGGGUGGCGGCGCGGUGAUGGCUAUGCUGCAGCCGGCCCUGCGCAGCGCGCUCCCGCCGGACGCGCUGCUCGCGGCUGCCAGGGACUCCGCACCUGAACUCGCAGCGCGUCUCUCUGCGCAGCAGAUACACGAAAUGUUGCAAGCAGUCCGCGAGGAACUGUCAGCAGAGGACGCCGGUGGCGCAGGUGACGACUCAGCCGAAGGCCGCGCAUGCGCACUAACGGCGUUGAUGUUGCACUGCUGCGCAGCCGCACAAGUUGCCCAGCUAC